AGUGGUACUUACAUAAAUGCAUAAUCAUCAACUUGAACUUUUCUAUCGCUUGGGUUGUUUGUAUGGUAGUUAAAUUUGUCGGUCGCUUCCGCUCCAAACCCGACCCUUAGAUACAUAAGUACCCUGUCUUCACUCUCAACCCGAGUCCCACAACGCCAUGGCGCGUACCAAGCAGACGGCUUUAAGUUCAUGUGGCGGGACUGCCAAGCGUGUCUCACUCAAACCUCGAACGUUGAAAACAGAGGCACCACCCGAGGCGCUUCAACUUGAAGUGGCGAAGGCCACGGUACCCGCACAGGCUCUUAAGAUGGUGCGCUCUCACUUGGAAGUCCGUUCAGGACCGUCGAAAAAUCAUUUCUGUAUGCUCUGCCAAGGCGGAGUGGCUGAAGGCGUCUCUAUAUACGAGUGCAACGAACCUGACUGCCCACGUGUCAUGUGUACUCGGUGCAUCUCAAUUCCGAGCAACUGUGUACAAGAAGUGACGCAGCCGGGUGUGAAAUUCCGCUGUAUCCACUGCCACACAUCCUCGGACAAGAAGUCGAAUCAGCUCACAUUGUACUAUGGAUUUUUUAGGGAUGGCGAACCGGUUCUCCCGACAUUUCUGGAAGUUUGUGGACAGUUGGAAUUUUCCAGACGCUCUCAGAUCUCUUCGGCCCCCAUUCUCAUCGUCCACUUCAAGCUUGCUGGUUGUGGGGCCACUGCGAGCCCAAUCGAUGCAACCCACACAUUCCUUGCACCUUAUUUUCCGCACGGUGGCCUCCGCCUAGUCAACGUGGUGUUCGACCUCGCUGAUAUCGAUUACUACUCUAAGCAGUGUGUGAAGCUCGUGAACGACGUUAUGGAAGAUCGCAAAUACGAGUUUGUGUGUAUCGCAAUCACCGAUCACACAAACGAUGCAAUUGGUGCUGUCCCGGAGUUUAUGGAUACUCUACUUGAUCCAUGGCGCAAUGUAAUCCGACGUGCAAAGGACACGACACUAUUUUUGUUAGGUUGCGGAGCCAUCGUCAACCAACCCGAAAACUUUCGUGGUUUGCGUACAUCCAUUGUCAAUCACAGGAUUUCAUCCGCAGUUGCAUUUACCGCUAAGCACUUCCGUCCGACAUCCGCCUGCCACUUUAUGAUCUCGUUCGCUCAGUCUGUCCUCAUAGAAUGCUUUCCACUGCGCGAAGCAUUCCCAAAGAUCCUCGACCAAUCGGAACUUGGUAUGCACUCGGACGUCAUCCUGAUGUCCGUGACGUCUGGGGAUAAUCAUGAUGGCCUAGCGAUGCUGUUGCAGUGCACCCGCUACUCAUGGGCUCACGUCACCGCCCGUCCGUGGGGCAAUACACUUCCAAUCCAAUGCCCACAGUGUGGGUGCCCGACCCAGUGGCAGAAAUUUCAUGCGGACGCCUCGCGCAAAUGCUCGGUCUUCGAGUGUUCGUAUGCAGGCUGUGGUCGUGUCAAUGGCAAACCAUCAGAAAGGCUUCCCCGCAAGAAGUUCACCUGCAAGGCCCCGAAGGGUGCGAUACUGCUUCCAGGGCGAAGAAGAAACGCCUGCUGGUUGCAGAUUCCUCCAGACCGAACGCGGUGACCGGCUUUUUGGACUCGAGUGAUACUGAGACGGUCUGACGUCGAUUGAUCUUUGUAUAUCAUACCUUACAACACCCACGUUGUGCUCUAUGAUCUUGUUAUAUAAGGUUGAUUUUACACGGAUCAUCUGUCUUUCCUAGGCAUCUAGUAAUGUCGUCCCAGAUAGGUAGCCAAGGAAGAUGAUCAUCUACUACUAAGGAAUGAGUCUAGCCUGCUCACUCGCAACAUUGUGUGAUAGACUCUGUAGCCUAAUCUAUGAACUAAUCUCGGGCUGAUAUGUU